AUGGCUAGCUCUGGACAGCUCCUCAAGCUCGUUUGCCUUGCGGCGGUGAUGUGCUGCAUGGCGGUUGGUGCUCCCAAGGCCAUGGCAGCUGUGUCAUGCGGCCAGGUGGUGAACAGUCUGACCCCAUGCUUAAGCUACGUGUCAAACAAUGGGCCUUUGAACCCUAGUUGCUGCACUGGGGUCAAGUCUCUCUACAGCAUGGCUCAGACCACAGCUGACCGCCAGAGCAUCUGCAACUGCCUGAAGCAAGCCAUCAAUGGCAUCCCUUACACCAAUGCAAAUGCUGGCCUUGCCGCUGGCCUUCCUGGCAAGUGUGGGGUCAAUAUUCCUUACAAGAUCUCUCCUUCUACUGACUGCAAAAGCAUCAAGUGA